GAAGCCAAGUAGGUAGUCAGCCCAAUGCUAUAAUUUUUCCAGUUUCUUAGGCUAGACAGCUUGAAAUGGGUCAUUCAUUCAUUCAGCAUUACCUCCUUGUGCCAGUGGAGGCCAGACAAGAGGCAGAUGGUCCGCCCAUGGUUUGCAUAUAUCAAGAGCCAAACCCAUAAAAAGAGAUGGGCUAUUCCAUCCACCACUCCCAAGAAUCAUUUCGUAAGAUCUAUCCUUUUACUACUCCAGAGUAAUCCCUAUAAGAUCUCUGUCAAUAUUUUCCAUAUUUCCCAUCCUUCACAUCCUCGAUUCAAUCUCUGUUGGCCCGAUCCAUCCCACCCUGUUCCCUGCAAUAAGAACCCAACCUCAGAUCCUUCGGCACACGUCUCAACCAUUCAGGAUGGCAGCCGACUCACUCCCAAGCUCAAACUCAAAGACACUGUCAUCCAAGAGCUGUCUCUGCUCAGGUUCUAGUCAUGGAGGAUCAUCACGAUCCAGCUCCUCCGCAUCAAACCGAUGUUCGAGCUGUAGCUUCCGGCCCGGAUCUCCACUUCCGGGACGCCCCGCAUCCGGAGACCGUGACAAGAACGAUCUCAAACACUUUCAUCUCUCGAGCCCAGCUACGGGUGUCGUCAAUGGAAAUGACCCCCUGGCAGCCGAAAUUCGUGCUGAAUGGGAAGAUGGCCAGAAACUCGGCCCUCAAUUGGCCCAUGGUCUGCCCAACUUGUCGAAAUUGAACUGAGUACGGAGUACCUAAUAACGGUACAACCAGUUAAAAAGAAAGAGAAAAAAAGAGGGCAUGUUGGGGUCGAGAGGCAGCGAGUCGAAUACAAGACCAAUAGUCGCGAGACAAAGUGUAUAACAACAUUGUAUUUCUUGUUUAUUUCUUUCCAGAGUUUCAUCUAAUGUUGCUCUUCUCUUCUUUCAAGUAUCGAUUCUUAUUGCAAUAUGGUACGGUACCUACGUCGAGUUGAUAAAUCUGGUCAAAUUGGAAUAUAGAAGAAUUCAAAGCGUGUUCAAGACCUUAAAACACUCCACUAUAACAUAACCUCUACUCCGUAUCCGUACACAUCCAUAUAUAAGCAAGA